AUGAAAAUUUUUCAAGGGCUUUUAGCCUACGCGCUUGGCAGAACAGUCGAAGACGUAUCAGUCACGAAAGAUUUGGGAAAUGAUAUUCGAAUCACCAAAGAAACAGCCGAAGCACUCGAGUUACAGGGCAUGGAUAUCACCGGCUGGAAAAUCGUCGGCAACAAAGAUCUCGAUAAGAAGCUAAAGAACAGCGCCAAAGAUGCUCAAACUCGAGGCUUAGGGUCUGUUUACGGUAUGUGGCAGCCCAUAGAAGACGGGGGAAAAGUAAUGGUUCCAUUCACCGUCCACAGUUCCUACUCACAUCGAACCGAGCAAAUCAAAGAAGCGAUGGCCGAACUUCAAGAUGUACUUGGCUGCUUUGAGGUUCCAUACGUAGAGAAUCCGCUGUCGGACGUUUAUGGACAAGGAAUCGUCUUUGUCGCUGAUGGCUCGUGCUACUCACUUCUUGGCCGAGGACCUGGAUUCCACAAUGGCAUGCAAGGGGCAACAUCAAUUUCUGACCUCGGUGUACCAAAUGGAUGGCAAGCUAUUGCCCUCGAUGACGGCUGCAAUCUUGCUUCUAAUCCAUCGACAGUUCAGCACGAGGUGCUUCACGCACUUGGAGUUUUCCACGAACACUCAAGACCAGAUAGAGAUAGCUACAUCGACUAUUGGGAAGACCGAACAUCAGCCCCAGGCUCCUGGAGCAAAUAUCCAACAAGUAACUGGCAUAGCAUGGGCUCAAUCUACGAGCCUCGAUCUGUCAUGUCCUACGGCUCGUAUGCUACAUCUACUACCAGUGGCGUUCCGGUCGCGCUCCUGAAGGAUGGCGGCCAAAUCUUUGAUGGCGAAAGAAUCACAACCGAAGAUGCGCUCCAAGUACAAUGGAUGUAUUGCAAAGAGCAGCCGUCGAAAUUCCCUGGAUACGAAUAUACUGAGACUGCCACAUGCACAUCUCAAGACGAAGUAGGAGCGACGAGAAAAGUCUUUACGUCUCGAUUGUGCGAUGGCAUAAGUGAUUGCCCGAACGGAGAGGAUGAAGGAGAUCUCGCAGUUUGCAAAGAAAUCGCUCCAAGAACCCCAAAUGGUUGCUGUGGCGCCAUUGUGAGAGGCGGGCAGACCUGCACCCAUAAUCCCGACUACUCGUACGGCGACAGAGAAACUUUUGCUUGCGAAGAUGGCACCGGAGUAAUGUUUGUUCCGUGGGCAUCAAACCGAUGGCUGCACGUCGUUGCCGCGACAUAUCCUAUUGAAGGAUCGGUCUCCUGGAUGAGCUCAAUCGCUGACACUGGAAUUUGCCCUCCGACGACCUGGGCUGCAUGCGCUGUAAAUGGAUACGAUGCUACAGACAAUUGCGAAACAAACGAUUGUGACCCUAACGCGACCUGCACAAGCGGAUUUGAGAGCUAUACAUGCGAAUGCAACGAAAAUUACACCGGGGACGGAAAUACCUGCACUUUCAUCCCUGAGGUCAACGAAUGCGCUGACGGAAGCCAUCAAUGUGACGAGAAUGCCUCUUGUAGUGAUCUUCGUGACGGAUACACGUGCAGUUGCAACGCUGGCUGGAAAGAUUCAGGGCUUCAACCGAUCAAUGGUAGAGACUGCGUUGAAGAGGCUGCCUGUUGCGAUGCUGUCCAAUUUUCAUUUCCAUACGAACAGCUUUGUACAAUUGACGGAACCUUCGACGGCAAAAAGAGAUGGAGCUGCACUGGCGCACACAAGUUGUUUGAAGUUAAAUACCACAGUGGUACUUCAACAUUCUACUUGUUCGAACUAGGCACAUGGACCUAUCACGCAGUUUUGGCAGCUGAUCCGGAUUUCUGUUUUGCAGAAUCUGAUAGCGACUACACUUGCUUGGAUUCCAUUCCCGCCGACCUCAUAAGCCCUGGAAAAUUUGAAUGGGAUUGUAAAGAGAAGUCUAAAUAUCAUGAGUGCAAGGUGAUAUGUGAGGGACAAUCUAAACCGGAUAAAAAAUUCGUGAUCCGCUGCACUAAAAACAAUAGCGUUUGGUCUGUUCAUAAAGGCUCAGUUCCAAGCUGUGCUCCUCCGCCUCCAAGAGCUGGAUGUGAAGAGUCGUUGAUCGGUGAAGACUUAACGUCCCCUGGUGGAAACACGUGGACUUGCGUAGAAGGCAAGAAGGAUAAAAAAUGCACGGCAGUUUGCGAUGACGGAAGCUCGAGUGAAAAUUUCGAAGUCAAGUGCAAAUAUUCCAAAAAUGGUGACUCAAAGUGGUCAAAAUCCAACAAAAAAUCCAGUCCACCUCUAUGCGGUGCCGAAGGACCUAAAAUCUGCCACGAAGAUGACAUCGACCCAGAUUUAAUUCCGGAAGGCUCAGUUGUUUGGGAAUGCAAGGCAAACUCAAAACAAAAUGUCUGCAAAGCAAGUUGCUCCAACGGAGCCGAUGCUGAUAAGACAUACAGCGUAAAGUGUCAGAACAAAAAGAACACUUGGAAAGUCGAAAAGAAGAAAAUGACGAUUCUUAACUGUUUAUAA